AUGGUGAAGACCCGCUUCUCUUCGGUGGAUGUCCGAGCGAUGGUGAACUCAAUUCGCCCCUCAGCCGUCGGGUGCAAGCUGGCCAACAUCUAUGACAUCAACUCGAAGGUGUACUUGCUAAAGCUGCAUCGCAAAGGCUUCCGAUGCCUGCUACUCCUGGAAAGUGGUGUGCGCUUCCACUUGACCGAGUACCAGAGAGACAAGUCAUCCAUCCCAUCCAACUACACCAUGAAAUUGCGAAAGCACUUGCGAAACAAGCGCCUCACGAACAUCAGCCAGCUGGGAGCAGACCGAGCUGUCGAUUUCCAGUUUGGCCGCGGUGAGACCUCCUUUCACCUGAUCUUGGAAAUCUAUGUGUCUGGAAACUUGAUUCUCACGGACAGCGAGUACCAAAUCCUCACCUUGCUGAGGGUUCAUUCCGACCAAGAGACGAAAGUGGCCAUGCGCCAGACAUAUCCGGUGGACAAAGCCAUGGGAUUGCUGAAGGUGCCCUUGGCUGAGUUCCCAGAUGCAAUUGAGGACCUCCUGGACCUGGCCUCUGUGCGGGCUGAAAACCAGGAGGUGAGGGAACUGGAGAUGGAUGACGAGAAGGCUGCAAAGGACAAGAAGAAGGGGGUUGAGUCCGCCUUUGCAAAGAAGUCGAAGAAGAGGGUGCAGCACAGCGCCAUGCCAGUGGUGAUGCUGUUGCACAAGCUGGCUCCCUUCGCUGAUCCGGCGCUCUGCGCCAGCUGCGUGGCCAAAGUGUCCGCCCUGAAGGGCAAGCCCGUGCAAAACGCCUUUAAGAUAACGGUCGAUGACAUGUCCUUUGACGAGCUUGUUGACCUCGAGCAGUCCUCUGCUGAGAUGCUGCUGGACACGCUCCGCAGCGUCUCGCGCCCGGACGACCUGGGAGGGGGCAGCAUGCCCCAGCUUCUGGUGGCGGAGACUGCCGAAGAUGACGUGAACGACGCCGCGAACGACGCCGAGGACGACGAGGCCGAGGCAGAGGAGGAGAAGGAGGAGAAGGAGGAGAAGGAGGAGGGUGGAACCAAGCCCAGGCCGCCUCCGGAGGCUGAUGCUCCAGUCGUUCCCGGCUGGAUUAUACGGAAGAAGGUGCAUUGCAAGACGAUCGCUGAGCCUGAAGAUGCUGAACCGACCUGGGCCAAUGAAGAGUUCACCCCACUGGAGCCUGCAGAAGUUGCCGAAGGGGAGGAGCCCGCCGAUACCGCCAAUACCGCAAACUCAGUGCUGCCUUUUCCAAGCUUCCAUCGAUGUGUGGAUGAGUUCUUCACCCAGCUCGAGGAGAACAAGGCAGUUGAGCAGAAGGCACAGCAUGCCCAGACCGUGAUGGCUCGCGUCGACCGCAUCCGCGCAGAUCAGGGGCGCCGUCUUCUGGAGCUGGAGGCAGAACAACAAGCAUCCGAACGGAAGGCAAGCCUCAUCGAGCGCAAUGUCGAGCUCGUCGAUCGUGCUUUGGCCAUGCUCAAUGCCAUGCUGGCAUCGCAGGUAGACUGGGGCGAGCUUUGGCGUGAAGUCAAACGCCAGCAACGCUUGGGACAUCCUAUUGCGGAACAUAUCCACUCCCUAAAUUUGGAACAAAACGAAUUCAAGAUUUUACUGGCUGAUGUUGAGGAAGAGCAAGCGGAAGAAGGAACUGAAGACCAGCCUAUGGAAGUGGUGGCGCUGAAUCUGAACCUGUCCGCGCAUGCCAAUGUGGCGCGCUUGCACGCGAAGAGGAAGGAAACAAGAGACAAGACCUCACGCACGCAGACCAACGCCGAAGCUGCCAUUAAGAGCGCCGAGAGGAAAGCGCAUCAGGAUCUGCAAAAGUUCGACCUGAAGCAAACGAUCCGGCGUGUGCGUCAGACAUGGUGGUUCGAGAAGUUUAUUUGGUUCAUCUCCUCCGAGAACUAUCUUGUCGUGGCUGGCCAUGAUGCGGUGCAGACAGAGCAGCUCUUCCUGAGGCAUCUAGGCGAAAACGAUGCCUUCAUCCAGGCGGAUGUUGCAGGAGCCCGGACGUGCUUUGUUCGAAACCCUGAAGGUGGAGAGGUGCCACCUGCGACACUUCGGGAAGCUGGAACGCUGGCUCUUUGCCAUAGCUCCGCCUGGGACAAGCAGAUUGUCAUCUCUGCGUGGUGGGUGCCCAUGACACAGGUCUCGCGAGGCAAAGCUCCAGAUGAAGACCACCAUUGCAUCGACGAUUUCUACAUCACCGGACGUCGUCUCUUUAUGCCGCCGUUGCACUUGGAGAUGGGCAUGACCCUUCUCUUUCAGGUGUCGGAGAGCUGUGCAGAGCGACACAAGGGCGAACGCAAGAGCCGGUACCUUGAGGCCAUGGCCAACAAGCCAGAGCAGGAUCUGGAAGAGGUCGAAGAGAUUGCCGUCGAGAGUGAUCAUGACCUUGACGCUGCAAGUGGAGAAGAAGGCGAGCCUCGCGAGCCUGCUUGCCAGGAUAUGGAUCAUGGAAGCAACGUAGGUGACCAAGAAAGGGAUGAAGAUGAAGUGGAUGAAGUGGAGAAAGAAGACGCUGAAGCCGCGGCAGAGGGUCGCAGCCAAGAGGCCGAGGACAUCGAGACGAGCCGCGGCAAGAUGCGCAUGUCAAGGGCAGAGCGCAGGCGUCAGAAGAAGGACGCCGGAGAGGAGGAUCAGCUUGACUCAUCCGCAGUGCAGGGCGAAGUUGAAGUGCCCAAGAAGUCGGACCCGAAGUCGAAGGGGCAAACUGAACACCUUCCACGCGGGCAGAAGUCUAAAGCGAAGAAGAUGAAGGAGAAGUAUGCUGACCAGGAUGACGAGGAACGCGAGCUGCGUCUAGCCCUCCUGGGCAGUCGCAGGAUAAAAAGAGCUGGAGGCGACGCCGUCAAGGGGACUGGCAUCCUGGCCUCGGAGGGCACUGACGGCAGUGGCAAGCCUGAGGAGGCCUCUAAGGCAGACGCUGAGACAACUGGUGAGCAGAACGCAUCCCAGCCACACAAAGAAGCUGGUGCCGAAAGGAAGGGGCCACGCCGACCGCCGCCUAGACGAGAUGAGGUGUUGAAGGUCGGCUGUGAUGCGGAAGAAGGUGCCGAUGUGCUGCCAAGGCCUCUACAACUCGACCUUCUGACGGGGCAGCCCCAGCCGGAGGAUGAGCUCCUCUAUGCCAUGCCCAUGGUUGCACCCUACUGCGCACUUGGAGGCCCCUACAACCUCCGAAUAAAGCUUACGCCGGGCAACCAGAAGAAGGGUCAGGCCGUGCGGCAUUGUCUCAAGAUCUUCGCGGAGCAGACGGAAAGACGAGCGUGGAAGCUGCUGGUCCAGGCCAUUCCCGAGAAUGAAGCCACUCAGCUCAUGUGUGGGAGCUGCAAGAUGUCGAUGCCCGGGCUGCAGAAGCUACAGCAGCAACUAAGGAAAGAGAAGCGCAAAGACAACUUGAAGGAUGCGGAAAAGCUAGGCCAAGCAAAGGCCAAGCAGAAGCAAAAAGCUCCCAAGAAAUAG